AUGGUCACAUUGGAUUAUCUGAAUGAUAUUCGCGAACAAUUAGAUCAAUGGAAGGUCAGUUGUUAUCAACAGAUUGAUGAUGUUUAUGAACAGGUGCAAAAAGAAAUCAAUAUUAUGGUGGAAAAACAUCGAAAUCAGAUUAUUGAAAGAGCAGCGAAUAAUUUGGAAUCAAUCAAACAGAAUUCGAUACGAAUCUAUUCACCGGUACAUUCAGAUGAAGAGCAAAUAACAAGAAAAUCCUAUUCUCCGAAAAAACCUGUUCGUCCGCCAGCACCGAUUCUGAAAAGGCCGGCCGACAAAGGUCAAAUACAUCGGAGAACACUUCCAAAAUACAAAUCAUACCAUGAUCGAGUUUCUCAUCUGGACGAACGUAGCAAAAAGACAUAA